UUCUUUUUAUUCGCCCUUUCACCGAAGUAGACCCCAAACAGGAAGUGUUUUCAGCAAUGCUAAAAGCAUCAGCGUGCUAUUAAUGUUUGCCUUUUUAUCUGUAAAUAAAGUAAUGCCAAUGGAAAAAUCAGACUUUUCUGGAGCAUUAAGAGAAAGUCCGACGGUACAGUGCGUGGUUUAUUCUUUCUAAAACUUGUUUUAGUAGAGGCGUCUGGAGCUGAACUGUCCUCAAAUCAUGUUUCAGCGUGGUCGUAAAAAUUUUAGAGAGGCGUAUGAUAACCACUUUAUGAGCGGUCCGAGAAAUGGCAGGGAGGUGACAUUUCACAGAGUUGUUAAUGUUGUUGAGAGAAGAAACCCUAUGCAAAUGAUGGGAGGAGACUUUGACAGAAGAGGACUUGAUGGGCCAUUGUACAAUGAGCCCAUGCCCUACCAGGAUCCUAGAGAAUGUCAAGGCAGCAACAAUUACCCACAAAAUGACGCACAAUUCUUUGAAAAUGAAGACCACAGAUUUGGAAAUUUUCACAGAAAUGCUCCUCCUCCUAGAAAUGAAGGACACUACAAUCACAACAGAGAUGACCUCAGGCAUCAUUUAGACUCAAGAAACAAUGGCAGAGGAGGGAAUUUCUUCCGUAACAGAGGUCGAGAUCCUGCAAGAGAGGACAUUGACUACCGACGUAGAGAGCAAUUUACAUUUGUUCGAGAUCGCUCCCCUGUCAGACGAGGAAACCAUUCUUCCAACUCUGCGUCAAGGCCCUCUGAGAAGAGCUCUAGUCAGCAAAAACCAAAACCCACUGCCUCUGCAAGUCCACCUCAUGGCAGCCCUGAAGAGGAUCUUCCACAGACCCCGACAACCUCAAAGGGUGACCUCAGCUCUAACCUUCGACCUGUGGCCUUCCAGGAAAGCCCUCCUGCGUCUGUAGCCGAGCCAGAGGAGGAGGUGGAGGCUGCCAGCGUGGAGCCAGAGCCGACACCAGAGCAAGACUUAAAGGCCCGCCGGGUGGAGGCCAUUAAGGCAAAAGCUUUGGAAAUUGAGAAGGAUUACAGGCAGGACUGUGAGACAUUCCGCACUGUGGUGAAGAUGCUGGUGGACAAGGAGCCCAGUUUGGAUUAUCUGCUGCAGGCUCCACUGGAGAAGAACCUGGAGGAGAUCAAAGAGCGCUGCCUGGACUCACUAAAACAGUUUAUUAAAGAACUGGACGAAGCCAUAGAGCAGCCCAGCAAUAUACUGACCAAUACUGACCAACCCACAGAGGGCUAGGCCUGAAGGAGAGACUAUUUGUGCUGUGUUUUUAAACUCUAUAUAUGUUUUAACUAAAUUCUCAAACUGUGUAAAUCAAACUGUGAGAAAGAAUGAUUGUGUAAUAGAUUUCAAAGAACCAUGACAGUGUUAUAACUAUGACUUACUGCUGCCUAUGGAAUGGUUUAAAAUCAGUUCAUCCAUGUACUUAUUUUUGUGUAAAAAUACAUUAUUGGUGUUGAUGACUGGUGCGCCAUUUGAUGUUUACAAAUGUAUUGUAGUUUGAUAUAUACAGUAUAUAGAAUUUUUAUUACAAGUAUCAGUCUUUAUAUUCCAGUUUUUACAUUUAUACAGAUUACAUUGCUUUGCUUAUUAUACAUUGUGGCCCAUAAAUAAACCAUUCAAGCCCUC